GUUUGUUGCAAUGAAACUUAAGUUUUUAUGUGGUUUUAUAGUUGAUUUGUGUUAUCGGAAUAAUAAAUUGUGUUUGGGAAAAUGGAGUUUUUUUUUGGCAGAAAAAUGAUGUUUAAAGAUGUAUAUAAUAAAACUAGUGACAAAAAUUUGGAAGGAUUAAAGUCAAGUACAUCACGUCCUAAAGGAAGUAAUAGAAAAAUGAAUUUAAACAUCAGAUCGGUUUGGUACGACGAUGGAGAUAGAAUUUCUGAGAAUCCUUGUUUACGAAAAGCCGCAAGUUUAGACAGUUUACUCACUGAUAAAUCAACUAAAACAAAAAUAACGAAGGAUAUGAUUUCGGCACCUUUCUAUUUAAGGAAGUUUGACGAACGUAAUGAUAUAAAAACUAUUGAUUCUUUUGGUAUCCUUGAGGAAACAGAAGCGUCCAAUUCCACGAGCAGUGAUUGUGAAAGUGGCGACAGUGAUAGUGUUUCCAGUUCAAUUAUUGAUAAUGAAAAUCGAAUGUUUAAUAUCAACGAUGAUAUACCUAGUCCAAUAGACGAAAAUAUUAUAAGACAAAAAUAUGAGUUUGUACCUGAUAAAACUAGAAGGAAAAAUAUUUUACAUUUAACGGAAAUAUUAAUCAACAACGAUAUUUCUAAUAUUGAAGACAUUUCUGGCGAUGAUUCCGAAGAAAAACUCGAGUCGCAAAUACAAAUUAUUACAGAAUUAACAAUAAAUGAUGAUGAAAAAGUUAUUACAAAUACGCAGGAUUUUGAAAAUUCAAUAAAUAAGGAAAUUUUAAAGAACCAAAAAGAAGAACCGUCUAAUUUAUUAAGAAUGAAGGGGAUGUCGAAAUCUUCGGAUGUGCUGUCAAGUUUUAGGGAUAGUCAGGAAGUUUUGAGAACCCUUCAAUCAAAUAAAGAUGAGCCGUUAUCGCGUAGCGUGGGGCCGUUUCCGAAGACCGAUGACCACUUGUUUAGCGAAGGAGUUCAACUUAGGCCACACCGAAUAGACGGUACUAGACAAUCCUUAACUAUAGGUUGUGAUCCUAGGAGAGUUUACAGAAAUCCUGAUUUUGAUGUAAAAGGCUGUGUGAAGAUUCAUUUUAUUGCCGAUAAUAAAGUUUUAAAAUUGAAUAAAAACGACUGCAUCCAAUAUACAAAAAAUUCUAUUAUUAAAAAUGAAGAGGUAUUGAAAUAUGGUGUGAUUCUUAGGACAAUAAAAUUAAUAAAUAAAAAAGAAGUCGAAUUGAGAGAUAUAAAUAACCAACCGUACAUUCUCGUUUUCGAUUCCUCCAAAGAUGCCAAAUUAUUUACAGAAAGCGAUAAAGUCAGUUCUUACACCGACAAUGAAAAAUCAACAAUAACCAAAACUCUCCUCCGAUUGUUGGGAAAACGAUCGAGUCGAGAAGUUUUAGAAAAAAAAGGUAUAUACCAAAACGAACCGAUAUUUGGUAAUACACUGAGAAACAUAUACGGUGCAAAACAAGAAGUACCUAAAUUUAUUUUGAAAACCAUGGAACUAAUCGAGAGACCAGAUAAUAUAACCAGUUUAGGUUUAUACAGAACCUCGGGGAAUCUAGCUACCAUUCAAAAAAUACGUUUGGAAGUCGAUAAAGGUAAUCUGGAUAUUCUGGAUAAUUAUUCCAAAGAUCCCGAUGUUCUAACUGGAAGUUUAAAAUUGUUCUUCAGGGAGUUGAAAGAGCCGUUACUAUCCUGCAAGACUUGCGACAAUUUACUAGGUUUUACUAAAAAUGAUAUGAAUUACGGCAAAAAAGACAGAGAUAAUAUCAGAACAAUUUUAACUCACAUACCAGAAGCGAAUUCUGAAACUCUAUUAGCACUAAUCAAACAUUUAAUAAAAGUAGUCGAAUAUAAGGAUCAAAACAAAAUGGAUACAUAUAAUUUGGCAGUUUGUUGGGGCCCAACUAUAAUAUUUGCGACGGAUAAUGCGGUUACUAAAGACUUGGUAACCCAAAGUGCGGAAGCUACUAAAUUAUUCGAUGCUCUGUUGAAUUUCUAUAUAAACAAUCCCGAGGAAUUGGAAUUGAGGAAGAAAAAACACGAUGGGUUAGAUAGUAAUCGGAAUAUGAUAUAUCGGCAGGAUUCUAAGGACAGUAUCCAGAGUUCUGAUAGCGGAUAUUCGAAUAAAAACAAAAGUUCGAGUAAUUUGAGUCUCGAUGCAAUCGACGAUGUGCUUAAAAAAUCAGUGGAACUAAUAGAAGGGCAUUUGAAUGCGGAAGGUCUGUACAAGAAGAACGGUUCGACCGAAAAGGUUGCCAAGAUUUUGAAAAAAAUGUCGAAAAGAAAAUUAACCGAAAUGGAGAAAUACAAAAACGACGUAUACGAUUUGACCGACGCUUUGAAGAAAUAUCUAAAAGAAGGUUGUGAUUUUACGAUUACAAAAGAGACCGUAGAAUACGUUAAUAAAAUAUGCGAUAAUACUCAAUGGUUAGAACACAAUGUAAGGCAGAGGGUUAUAACUGUAGUAGCGGAUGCGCCAAAAAAAGAUACUCUAAUAUUCAUCAUCCGUCAUAUAAUUAAAUUGAUUAAACACGAAUCGAGUCACAAAGUAUCCAAAGCGGAGAUUAUUUCAAUAUGGUCUAGAAUAUUGAACGAUCAAAUGAGGAUAGUGGAAACUGAAGAAAAAAUGAAUAAUUUCAUAAAGAUACUAGCUGAUGUAUUUGAUGAAUCGAAAAGCGAUAUUACCACCAUGCCGAAAGGAAUGUCGAACGGUUUAUUGAACGAUUUGAAAAAUUUACAAAAAGAAAAAGAUAGAAUUAGUAAAUACGACAACAUGCCGGAUGAAUUCGAUUGUAUAAACAAAGAAGCGACAAUAUUAGAAGAGAAGACUGAAGAUAUCGAACAUACAAAAUUGUGAAUGAAUAAGAAAAUGACACAGUUGAUUAGUUGUAGAAAAAUUUUUGUCUGUCAAAAAUUUUAUUAAUAUCUUCGGUAGUAAGCAUACAUUCCAAUGUUACCAACUUUUUAAAUUUGCCUUUCGGAACCUAUUUUCAUUUCAUUUCAAAGAGACUGAACUGAUUAUAUUUGUUUGACUUUUUCUUAUGUAGUGUGCCUUUACCCCGUUAAAAAUGUAUUUUAACAAUUAAAUAUUAAAGUAUUCUUUA